AGAAUACUCUUUGUUUUCUUCUUCUGGGUUUUUUGGGUUUGUUUUUUCAGAGUUUGUGCUAAGAGAGAAAUGACAGAUACAACAGAUGAUAUUGCAGAAGAAAUAUCAUUUCAAAGCUUUGAAGAUGAUUGUAGAUUGCUUGGUAGUCUUCUUACUGAAGUUCUUCAAAGAGAAGUUGGUCAUAAAAUCAUGGACAAGUUUGAAAGAAAUAGAGUUCUGGCUCAGAGUGCAUGUAAUAUGAGGAUGGCAAAUAUAGAAGAUAUGGCUGAGCUACUUGAGAAGCAAUUAGUAUCUGAAAUAUCCGAUAUGACUCUCGAUGAAGCUUUAACUCUGGCUAGAGCAUUCAGCCAUUACCUCAAUCUAAUGGGUAUUGCUGAGACCCAUCACAGGGUACGUAAAACAAGGAACAUGACAGUUUUGUCAAAAUCUUGCGAUGACACAUUUAAUCAGUUGAUACAGAGUGGAGUUUCACCAGAUGAGCUCUACGAGACGGUCUGCAGGCAGGAGGUUGAAAUUGUUCUUACAGCGCAUCCUACACAGAUAAACAGGCGAACAUUGCAGUAUAAGCACAUUAGAAUCACGCAUCUCUUAGAAUACAAUGAUCGACCUGAUCUUAGCCAUGAAGAUCGCGAGAUGUUGAUAGAAGAUUUGGUGAGAGAGAUAACUUCAAUAUGGCAGACGGAUGAACUGAGGCGCCACAAACCAACACCAGUAGAUGAAGCUAGGGCUGGUUUGCACAUUGUGGAGCAGUCUCUUUGGAGAGCAAUGCCUCACUAUUUACGCCGUGUCAGUAAUGCAUUAAAGAAGCACACAGGAAGGCCGCUUCCAAUGACCGCGACUCUUAUAAAAUUUGGCUCUUGGAUGGGGGGUGAUAGAGAUGGAAAUCCUAACGUAACAUCAAAGGUCACAAAAGACGUAACUCUUCUAUCACGGUGGAUGGCAACUGAUCUAUACAUCCGUGAAGUUGACAGCCUUAGAUUUGAGCUCUCUAUGAAUAAAUGCAGUAAUGAACUGUCGAGAUACGUACAGGAGAUCGUACGAAAAGAAGCUGCAUCUGAGGAGCAACCUAAGGUUUGGAAUCAAUCAAAGAAUUACAGUCCACAAGCUCUGGCCCUGCCAACGCAACUUCCAGCUGGUGCAGCUCUGCCGUCUUGCAAAGACGAUGGGGAAUCUCAAUACCCAAGACUGGAAUUUCCAGGCUCAGAUCGUCAGGAAGUUUCGGCUCAAAAUUCUAAGAAACCAUUCAGAAACGGAAACACUGGUAUACCUAACAACAUCAAAGCUUCUGCUGGCAACGUUCAGUCACCUGGAACACCAAAAUCUGGCAAUCAACUCCUUGCUCAGAGAAAACUAUUUGCAGAAUCUCAGAUAGGCAGGUCUAGCUUCCAGAAGCUGCUAGAACCAACCCUGCCCCAGCUUCCUGGAAAUGCUCCAUACAGAGUUUUCCUAGGUAGUGUGAAGGAUAAGCUAAUGAAAACGCGGCGACGACUGGAGCUCUUACUUGAAGAUCUACCUUGUGACCAUGAUCCUUUGGAAUACUACGAAACUUCAGAUCAACUUUUGGAACCAUUAAUUCUAUGCUACGAGUCCUUGCAAUCGUGUGGGUCUGCCCCCCUUGCUGAUGGAAGACUGGCAGAUUUGAUCCGAAGGGUUGCUACCUUUGGGAUGGUAUUAAUGAAGCUCGAUUUGCGUCAGGAAUCUGGCAGACAUGCUGAAGCUUUAGAUGCAAUUACUAGAUACUUGGAUAUGGGAGUAUAUAGUGAGUGGGAUGAAGACAAAAAGCUGGAAUUUUUAACUAGAGAGCUCAAGGGCAAGAGGCCUCUAGUCCCUCAGACAAUAGAGGUUGUUCCUGAUGUGAAAGAAGUCUUGGACACCUUCCGCGUUGCUGCUGAGUUAGGGAGCGACUCACUCGGGGCCUAUGUUAUUUCGAUGGCCUCUCAUGCAAGUGAUGUUCUGGCUGUGGAGCUCUUACAAAAAGAUGCUAGACUAGCUGUUAGUGGGGAGAUUGGGAGACCCUGUCCUGGCGGAACGUUAAGAGUAGUUCCUCUAUUUGAAACUGUGAAAGACUUGAGAGGAGCUGGUUCUGUGAUCAGGAAGUUGUUAUCCAUUGAUUGGUACAGGGAGCACAUCUUGAAAAAUCAUAAUGGACAUCAAGAGGUCAUGGUUGGUUAUUCUGAUUCGGGUAAAGAUGCUGGACGCUUUACUGCAGCAUGGGAACUGUACAAAGCUCAAGAGGAUGUUGUUGCUGCCUGCAAUGAGUUUGGCAUUAAAGUAACACUGUUCCAUGGACGUGGAGGGAGCAUUGGUCGUGGUGGUGGUCCCACACAUCUUGCCAUUCAGUCCCAACCACCAGGUUCCGUAAUGGGUACACUUCGAUCAACUGAACAAGGUGAGAUGGUGCAAGCUAAGUUUGGGUUGCCACAAACAGCUGUUAGACAGCUUGAGAUCUACACAUCUGCCGUACUUCUUGCAACUCUCCGGCCACCUCACCCUCCAAGAGAAGACAAAUGGAGAACUAUUAUGGAGGAAAUAUCAAACAUCAGUUGUAACAGUUACAGAAGUACCGUGUACGAAAACCCUGAAUUCCUUGCCUAUUUUCAUGAAGCCACUCCACAAGCUGAGCUUGGGUUCCUUAACAUAGGAAGUAGACCCUCGAGAAGAAAGAGCUCAACUGGUAUCGGGCAUCUUCGUGCGAUUCCAUGGGUAUUUGCAUGGACCCAAACACGGUUCGUGCUUCCAGCUUGGCUUGGUGUUGGUGCUGGCCUAAAAGGUGCAUGCGAGAAAGGAUAUACAGAAGAUUUAAGAGAAAUGUACAAAGAAUGGCCGUUCUUUCAAUCGACUGUAGAUCUUAUAGAGAUGGUUUUAGGAAAAGCUGAUAUACCUAUAGCUAAGCAUUAUGACGAAGUUCUUGUUUCUGAGAGCAGAAGAGAACUGGGCGAAGAACUGAGGAGGGAGUUACUGGCUACGGGAAAAUUUGUAUUGGUGGUUAGUGGGCAUGAAAAACUUUCGGAAAAUAACCGCAGUUUGAGAAGACUCAUAGAGAGUAGACUUCCUUACUUGAAUCCAAUGAACAUGUUACAAGUUGAGAUACUAAGGAGGUUGAGGCAUGAUGAUGACAAUCACAAGCUUCGAGAUGCAUUGCUUAUCACGAUCAACGGGAUAGCUGCUGGUAUGAGGAACACAGGUUGAUUUGCUGAGUAUAUGAGUAUUCUUUGAGUCAAGUGUUUAAAAACCCUUUCUUUCCUUUCCUUUGUUUCUUUUUUCCGAUUUCAAUAUUUAUAAACAUAUGCAAUGUGUCGUGUCUGGUAUAGGAGAACAUACAUGAUAAGUUUAUAAAUUUUGGCAACAAGGAAUUUUAAAUAUGAAGGAUUAUGUA